ACAGCACCAGGGGCGGAGUCUGGCAGGUGAGGGGCUCGCCGCGGAGAUCGCUGACGCGGCCCGGGCUGCGGUGUGGUCGCUGGUUGCCAGACCAUGCUGAGCGGAGCGCGCGCCUGGCUCCUCGCCUUAUCGCUGCGGGGUACAUGCACGCUGCCGUCCGCGGUCGCCCGUAGGUGCCUUCACGCGUCGGGGUCGUGGCGGUCCGCAGACAAGAGCGAGAAGACGGGGAACGCGCCCCGCGUCUUCGACCCGGCCCUGCUCGAGUUCCUGGUGUGCCCACUCUCCAAGAAGCCGCUCAGAUUUGAAGCAUCGACAAAUGAAUUGAUCAAUGAAGAAUUGGGAAUAGCCUAUCCAAUUAUUGAUGGGAUUCCUAAUAUGAUACCACAGGCAGCUAGGAUGACACAUCAAAAUAAGAAGCAAGAAGAAAUGGAGCAGCACUAG